AUGAUUCUUCUCGUCGUUGGCCUGGUUUUGGGUAUUCAACCAACCCUUGCUAUCGAGAUCCGUCAGGAUUUCAAAUGGCCCGGCCCCUCGUCCAGCGUACUCGGUGAAUUUGCCAACGCGGCAAUUGCAACGGAUCAUACCCGCUGUGCCGGUAUUGGAAAAGACACGAUGCAGCGUGGCGGCAAUGCGGCUGAUGCUGCCGUCGCAGCUCAAAUUUGCCUUGGCGUCGUCAACCCACAAUCUUCCGGGCUCGGCGGCGGCUUCAUCAUGACACUCUACAACAAGACCAAGGGCCGAUGUAUUUCCAUCGAUGCUCGCGAGACCGCCCCGGCCGCUUCCUAUCAGGACGUCUACGUCGGCAACCCGAACUCCAGCCUCUUUGGUUUCAAUGCGGUGGCCACCCCUGGAGAAUUGGCCGGACUAUGGCACGUCUACCAAACUUACGGCAGCGGUAAAGUUACUUGGAAGUCCCUGCUUGAGCCAUCGAUUCGUAUCUGUGAGGAAGGAGUCGUGGUUACGGAGUACAUGGCCACCGUCUCUAUGAAGCUGGAGCAUCAAAUCCGCGCAGCUCCAUCGAUGAAAACUUGGAUAAACCCGAAGACCGGAAACUUGUACCAGACCGGAGAAGUGUUGUUCCGCCCAAAACUUGCGGCCACGUUGAAGACCUUGGCGCAAGCUGUCAACCCGGUGCAAGAAUUCUACCAUGGAACUAUGGCGAAGACAAUCUCCAAGGAGUUUGCCGAAAACGGCGGUAUGCUCACGCUUCGAGAUCUGAAAGACUACAAGGUGCGCGUCUAUGAGUCGCCGAUCGUCAAUGAUCACUUCAGGGGCGACCUGGUGAUUUGUGGCCCACCUCCGCCAUCUUCAUUUGCCGUCACUCAGCUUCUGAUUUCGGUCAUGUCGCAACUGUAUCCGCACACUCAAAAGUUCUCUGCCGAGCUCCUUCACAGCGACCCGGUCUACUACCAUAAUUUGAUGGAGGCCAUGAAAUUCACCUAUGCUCAGAGGACGCUUUUCGGCGACAAUGAUUUCGUGACCGAUUCGUGGGACAAGGCUCUGAAUCUGACGCAGGAAAGCUUCACACGAUGGGUGGUCGAGAACAUCCGUGAUCAUGCCCAGCCAACCAGUUCCUAUGGCGGCAUCAACCAAACUUUGCCCGUCGAUGCUGGAACGUCGCAAGUUUCGAUUGUGGAUGCUGGAGGAAACGGCGUCAGUGUCACCACUACCAUCAAUCAAUGGUUCGGUGCCUGCGUCGAGUCUGUGAAAUAUGGGAUCUUGUGGAACGACGAGAUGGACGAUUUCAGCACCCCUGGAAUGUCCAAUGGCUUCGGCUAUGCCCCAUCGUACACCAACUUUAUUCAGCCCGGCAAGCGCCCGAUGAGCAGUAUGAGCCCGUUGAUCAUCUACAACCGAACAACCAAAGAUAUCCGCAUGGUGGUUGGGGCAAGCGGAGGUUCGAAGAUCAUCUCGUCUGUUGCCCAUGCCGUGAUCCGCCCUUUGGUAUUUGGCGAGACCAUCAAGGAAGCUUCUGACGCUCCACGCCUCCACAAUCAAUUCACUCCAGAUGAAACUCAAGUCGGAGGGGAUUUCCCCAAGGAGUUGAAAGAAAUCUUGGCCAACAAAUACGGCCAAAAGUUUGUGGACACGUUCGGAUUUGAGGGUGUCGCUCAGGUGAUCGACAUACCCGCCCCUGGAAAAAUCCACGCGAUCGGGGAUUGGCGUCGCAAGACCCCGCAGGAGCCAGCCGGAUUC